AUGCCGCCCAGAAUAUCAGGCCCACAAGGGCUGAAGAGCAUGACAUUAUGUCUGAGGCCCACGCCGUCAACCAUACCGGCAACACCUUCCCUUCAGCCUCUCAUCCAGAAGGCCACACUUACCCAGCGGGAAAGAGACAAGCUGCGGCAGAUGAAGAUCGACCCCUACCGCUGGCAGCUCGCCCAGAAUCGCCGCAACGCCAACCUCCAACGGCGCGCCGAGCUCGCCGAUCAGCGCGUGACCUCCUGGGGCGAUCCCGUCCAGGGCAUUGUCACGCCCUUCGUCGAGUCUUUCGACAGUGGUGGUCAGGCUGCCGAGUCCCAAGUGAAGCGUGACGAUGAUGGCAACCCGCUCGAGCAGCCGCACGAGCUCCCUACCUCGAAACACAUCCUCAACUACCAGCUGUCGCAAGCCGAGCUCGAAGAGGCCAUCGAGGCGUCGUACCAGCUUACGAAGCCUGUACCGGGGAUCUCUGGAACGGCCGUGCUGGAUCCCGAAAUGGCGAAGAUGACGGCGGAUCCGGAAGCCCAUAUGGCGAGGCACCGCAAGGCCGUCGAGGCGCUGAGAAGGAUCACGACGCUCGAGAAUGGGAGCAGCAGGGACAGGCGGCACGCCAACACCAGGCGGAUCGUGGAGACGUUUGGACGGCACAAUACGGACCAGACAGUGCGGCAAAAGGCACUUGCGUUUGGCCAGGAGGAGAGAUUUGAGAAGAUACGGGGUGGCCCCGACACGGGCAGCAGCGAGGUGCAGAUUGCGAUCCUGACGGCCAAGAUACGGGCGUUGAGCAAGAUGCUGGCGGGUCCAAAGGGAAACAAGGACAAGCACAACAAGAAGAACCUGAGGUUGCUCUUGCACAGAAGGCAGAAGCUGCUGAAGUAUAUGGAGAGGAAGGAGAGGGGUAGUGGACGGUGGGAGCAUAUGAUCGAGACGCUGGGCUUGUCGCCGGCUACCUGGAAGGGCGAGAUCGUGGUGCGGUAG